AUGGUCGCAAUCAACACAAUCAAGAAAUCCAACCAAUCAGCCCUCCCCCAAUCUCUCCCCCAAAAUCUCACAGCGGUUUUCCUCGGCGCCACAUCCGGCAUUGGCCGCAGCACAAUCAAGCAGCUCGCCAUCGCUACCGAUAACAAAUCACCAACAAUCUACAUCGUCGGUCGAAGCGCUUCAGCCGCUACACCACUCAUCGCAGAACUUCGCCAAAGCAACUCAUCCGCCAGAGUUGAAUUUAUUGAGCGCGAUGUUUCUCUCGUCAAGGAAGCCGAUGCUGCGAUGAAGGAGAUUGCCAAGCGGGAGACCAAGAUUGACAUUUUGUUCAUGUCUGUUGGAUUCAUGUCUUUUGAAGGUCGAAAGGAAACCAAGGAAAAGCUAGAGCCAUCUCUAACAACCCGCUUCUACAGCCGCGUCAGAGCAAUCCAAGUCCUCCUCCCUCUCCUCAACAACAGCCCAAACCCGCACGUCACCAACAUUCUCGCGGGCGGCCAAGAAGGUCCCCUCAUCGAAGAUGAUCUCGACCUCUCCAAACCAGGCAACUUCGGCGUCGCGUCAGCUGCCCAACAAGCAGCCACCAUGCUCACCCUCACCCUUGAGCGCUUCGCAAAGGAGAACCCCAAGAUCAGCUUCGUGCACGCCUUCCCCGGUUUGACAGCUACACCGCUUCUCUCUCGAGGUUCAAGUGGUAUCAUUGGAUUUCUACUCCAAUGGAUUGUCACGCCGCUUGGGGGGCUUUUCUUUGCUAGUCCUGAGGAUGUUGGUGCGAGGGCGUUGUUUUAUGCGACUAACGCGAGAUAUACUGUUGAUGAGAUUGAGACGGCUGCGGCGCCGGUUCCUGAGGGUUUGAGUAAGGCGGCGAGAUCGGCGGGUGGUGUGUUUUUGGUUGAUAAUAAGAGUGAGGCUGCGGAUAAUGAGAAGGUUUUGGUUGGGUUGAGAGAGAAGAUGGCUGAUAAGGUCCAAGCUCAUGUGGACUCGGUCUUUGAGAGAUCAUUAAACACAAUCAACAAGAACACUCGCAAGACUCAAGUGUCAGAAAGCAUCGAAUCAGCCUCCAUCUUCAACACUCGACUACUCAUUCUCAUGCUAGGAGCAACAACCACCACUACUGCAACAACUACUACCUCCUCUAUGCCCCUCCUAUUCGCCGAAGAAAUCAGCCCUCUGACACCACACAUCAUGUCCAUCAACAAGUCUGCCCCGAUACCUCGUUCAUUCACGCCGGGUCAAUGCCUCUUCUGCCCCUCUGUCUACCCGUCACUAGCCGAAAGCAUCAAUCACAUGCAAACUUCACAUGGCCUCUUCGUUCCAUAUAAGCAGCACCUCGUGGUAGAUCUCGAGACACUAUUUCGAUAUCUUCACCUUGUUAUCUAUGAGUAUCGAGAAUGUCUACACUGUGGGACAAGCAGAGCUACAGUUCAAGCUGUGCAGCAGCAUAUGAUGGGUAAAGGGCAUUGCAAGUUUGACGUGUCGGAAGGAUCAGAGUUUGCCGACUUUUACGACUUUUCACGCGAACAUCUUGGUGCAGAUGAUGAUGUUUUGAGUGAAGACGAUGAAGGCGAGUUUGAGGGCGCAGAAACGAAGCCCGAGCGGAAACCCCUACAGGUCGAUCGGGACUCGAUCCGUCUACCAUCCGGCCGGCUAAUCUCCAAGAAGUCAUCAGCGCAAGUUGAGCCAUCAGUCUCCCAUCUACGCGAGCGCAAGCGGACUUCCAGGUCUCAACUGGAGUACUCUACUGUCGAAGUCGAUGAGGAGGCUCCCAUGAACGAGGAACAGACGCCUGAGACUUCCGAUACGAGACUAUUAUCGAGACGAGAAAGACGGCAGAAGGCUACUGUUACAUAUCAACUCGCAAACAUGAGUGCCGGCGACCGCAGCGCAUUGAUGCACCUGUCUUCAUCCGAGCAACGCUCAUUGAUAGCAACUCAGCACAGAUUUACGGAAAAGGUUCAGAAGGAGGAGAGUCGAAGACAGCGCAGAAUUGAUCGCAAGGGGAAUAAGAAUCUGUAUGCUUAUUGGCAUACUGAGACUCCAGUGUAUCAGUGUGGAUAG